AUGGUGGCCAUAGGAACUCAGUAUAUGAUGCAAAGCGGCCUAGCAGCCGGCAUGUCCGCCACAGAAGGACACAGAUCUCUACAGCCCAAGCCCGUGGAUCCAAACCUUACCGACCCGCCUUAUGUCCUCGAGCCAGACUUUACUCCAGACUCUCAAAGCCGGAUCGUUUUACGCACUCGAAGCGGCAAGGGCGUCUCGAUUCCCUAUAUGAGCAUUGGCGCUUGGUCCUGGGGCGACAAAGCCACAUUCGGAUAUAACGCCACGAAAAAUCUACCACGGAUCCAUGCCGCAUGGGAGAAGCUCAAAGCUGUGGGGCUAACCUUCGUCGACACUGCACAAGCGUACGGAGACGGGGAAAGCGAACGUAUCUGCGGAACUUUGUUCCAGGGUAUGCCGCGAGAUUCAUUUAUCGUGCAGACAAAAUGGCAAUCCCUGCCUGACAUGACCAAUUAUGUGGAUAUCUAUCUUGUUCAUGGACCUGUGCACCCGAGUUCGUUCUCAUCCGUCGCGAAGGGACUGGCUGAAUGUGUGGAAGAAGGUCUUACCCGUGCUGUGGGCAUGGCAAAUUACGAUACGAAGGAGAUGAUCAAGAUGGCUGAUGAAUUGGAGAGAUAUGGUGUUCCGUUGUCCGUUAGCCAGUGCGAGUAUUCGGUUAUUCGCCGAGUUCCGGAGAUUAGUGGGAUGAUUCGUGAGUGCCGGAAGCGAAAUAUCUGUUUCCAAGGCUUUUCUUCGCUCGCUCAAGGUCGCUUGACGGGUCGGUAUUCGCGGUUUGAACAGCCCAGGCGUACGUUGCGGCUCAGUAGUUACCCCAUGCAUCUCCUAGAGCCUACUAUUGAGGUGCUGAAGAGCGUUGCUGCGAAGCGCCGUGUACCUGUACCUGCCGUGGCUCUGAAUUAUUCUAUAAAUAAAGGGGUCGUGCCCCUCGUUGGGGUGCGGGAUGCGGAGCAGGCGCAGCAGGAUAUGCAGGCUCUUGGCUGGUGGUUGUCAGAGGAAGGGAUUCAACGCAUUGAGGAGGUGAGUAUCUCGGGCAAUACAACUUCAAAGCUACAGCAUGGGUAG